GUUAAUACAAAAAAAAAGGCACCUCAUAAGCUAGGAAAUCGAAGGGAGGAUUUAUAGACUUCCAAAGCGAAAACACCCGUUACAAAACCCCGCAGACAAAUCACAACCCAACCGCUGCGCUCAAAAUAAAAAAAUAAAAUGAUGGCGGCAAAAUUUCCACCACCCUCUCGUCGUUUCAUUCUCCUCCUCCUCUCAAUCUACGUUCCUCUCGCUAAACUCCAAACCGAAUCAAGCGAGGCUGAGAAACGCACUCUUCUCCAAAUCAAGAGCGACUUCGGAAAUCCUCCAUCACUCGACUCCUGGAACAACUCCACCUUAACCAAUCUCUGCAACUGGACCGGGGUCCACUGCGACGACUAUGGGUCCGUUUCCCAAAUCUCCCUUCCCAACCAGAACAUCGCCGGUCAGUUACCUCCUUCCAUGUGUAACCUCAUCAAUCUCACCGUUCUCGAUCUCAACAACAACUCCAUCUCCGGCGUCUUCCCCACCCUCCUCUACAACUGCUCCAGUCUCCGGUACCUCGACAUCUCCCAGAACCUCCUCGUCGGCAAUCUCCCCAACGACAUCCACCGCUUGCCUUCCCAGCUCACCGAACUUAUCCUAUCCGGAAACAACUUCACCGGCGACAUACCGACAUCCAUCGGCCAGCUACCGGCUAUUCAAAGGCUCUGCCUUGAUUACAACCUUUUUAAUGGUGCCCUUCCGGCCGAAAUCGGGAACCUUUCCACCUUGGAGACUCUCUGGCUCGCGAACAAUCCUUUCCCCCGGACAACGACGAUUCCGCCAAAGUUCGGCAACUUGACGAGACUGACUUAUUUGUGGAUGAGACAGGCGAACUUGGAAGGAGAGAUCCCGGAGUCUUUUGGGAAGUUGGCUGCGCUCCAGCAUCUCGAUUUGUCAAUAAAUUCUCUGAGCGGGAGAAUUCCUGAUGGGAUUUGGGCGCUUGAGAAUUUGCGAUUUCUUUUUCUGUACAAGAAUCAACUCUCCGGCGGAAUCAAUGGAACGGCCAUCAAAGCUCUCAGCUUCGAGUCCAUCGAUGUUUCACAGAAUCAGUUAACAGGAAGAAUACCAGAGGAAUUUGGGAGAAUGGGCAAUCUGUCUUUUCUAUUAAUGUACCUUAAUCGAUUUUCCGGCGAGAUCCCGGCGAACAUCGGCUUGCUUCCAUCACUUACCGAUCUUCGCCUUUUCAACAACAGACUAUCCGGCGGCCUGCCGACGGAGCUUGGUAAGCACUCACAGUUGUGGAACGUUGAGGUAGACGACAACCUGCUCUCUGGUGAGUUUCCAUCAGAUCUCUGCGCUAGAGGAGCACUGGUCUCUGUUAUUAUGUUCAAUAACAACUUCUCAGGCAAUUUGCCGGCGUCACUCAACAAAUGCUUCACGCUGAGCAAUCUCAUGAUCUACAGAAACAAUUUCUCCGGUGAACUCCCAGCUGGGAUCUGGACCGCGGCUGUGAAUUUGACGACUGUGAUGAUAGGAGACAACUCGCUCACCGGCACUCUACCAAACGUACUCCCGUGGAAUCUAACGCGGCUUGAAAUCCAGAACAACCAUUUCACUGGCAACCUUCCUUCGACGGCCAAGAAUCUUAUCGUUUUCAAUGCGAACAGUAAUCUUCUCUCCGGCCCGAUUCCUACCAAUCUGAGUGGUUUCUCCCAGCUUGCCGUCUUAUCCCUUGGGGGCAACCAGAUAUCCGGCUCUGUUCCGCCGGGAAUCUCCAAUCUUCGAUACCUCACAGAUCUAAAUCUCAGCAGCAACCAACUCGUGGGCGAGAUCCCUUCCUCAAUCGGCACCUUGCCAGUUCUCAUCUCGCUAAAUCUAUCAAACAACCAACUCUCUGGCGCCAUCCCGUCGGCACUCGGUGACCUCCGGCUUAACCUACUCGAUCUGUCCUCCAACGAUCUCUCCGGCGAGAUCCCAAUCACGCUGCAGAGCAAAGCUUACUCCCAGAGCUUUACCUCCAACCCCGGCCUCUGCUCCUCCAACUCCGAUCUCCACAUCAACCCCUGCAAAUCCAGGGCGGAAGGCUCGAAUGGGCUCGCCCGAGGCGUCCGCAUCCUUAUUGCUGUCCUUGUAGCUCUCGUUCUAAUUGCCGCUGGCCUCUUCGCCUUCUUCGCGGCGAAGGACUGUCGCCAACGGCGCAGGGCCGAUAUCGACCAGGAUUGGAAAAUGACGCCGUUCCAAUCGCUGGAUUUCACGGAGGAAAGCAUCAUUCGUGGACUCAAAGAGGAGAAUGUCGUGGGGAGAGGCGGAUCGGGGAAGGUAUACCGCGUGGCUGCCGGAGUUCGAUCCGGCGGCGCUGUGGCCGUGAAGAGGAUGUAUUGCGAGAGGAAGAUGGAUUGGAAGCUGGAGAGGGAAUUCGAAGCGGAGUUGAGGGUUUUGGGCUCGAUCCGCCACAUCAAUAUUGUGAGGCUGCUGUGCUGCGUUUCCGGUGCGUGCGAGAAGCUCUUGGUGUAUGAGUACAUGGAGAACGGGAGCUUGGAUCGGUGGUUACACGGAGGGCACAGAGAGUUGGACUGGCCUGGCAGAGUCGGUAUAGCGAUCGGGGCGGCGCAAGGUCUGAGCUAUUUGCACCACGAGUGCUCGCCUCCAGUGGUGCAUCGCGACGUAAAGUCCAGCAAUAUUCUUCUAGACUCCAAGCUUAGGCCCAAAAUAGCUGAUUUUGGUCUGGCCCGGAUCAUGGCCCGACCCGGAGAACAGCAUUCGACUGCGGUGGUUGUGGGGUCGUUCGGCUACAUGGCACCAGAAUGUGGAUACACUAACAAAGUGAACGAGAAGAUUGAUGUGUACAGCUUUGGAGUAGUAUUGUUGGAGUUGAUCACCGGUAGGGAGGCGAGCGAUGGAGGUGAGUAUGGCAGUCUUGAUAAGUGGGCUCGACUUCAUUUUCAAAAAGGGAAAAAGAUAAUAGAUGCAGUUGAUCAUAGAAUCCGAAACCCCGUUCACCUGGAUGAGAUAGAAAUGGUACUCAAAUUGGCCAUCAUCUGCACUGGGACUCUACCAUCAACCCGUCCAACUAUGAAGGAGGUGCUGCAGAUCCUGCUACGAUGUGAUCGAAGGUUCAGAAAUGACGAGGGGCUGAGCUUAGAGCGCGACUGUGAUCUCCUCCUUCAAAACAAGAGCAGCAGCUGGCGUAGUAAGAGCAAAAUAAAAGUUGAAAUCGAGGAUCUUGUUGAUAAUGUUAACAUUGUUUGAUCUUGUUCCAUGGUUCAUGUUCUCUGUAGUUACCACAGUAGUUGUACAUUGCAGUUAGUUUCAUACCCCAGCCAUUUUACUUUGUUCUAUUGGGAUCAUCUUUUAUUUUUGGCCAAUAUCAUUUUCAUUUUCUUUCGGCCAAAGUGCUGAAAUCAGAUAAAUACACUGUCAAUAACAUGGAAAGUUAAAGAUGA